GGUUUAUCGAUAUCUCAUUGUAGCCGUCGGAUUUGAGAGUCACUAGUCGGAGGGUGGGUUCUUUCCUCUCAUUGAUUGUAUUGUCUGGGAGGCGGAGCUAAUCAGCAAAGAGCGCCCAGAGACGAAGACGCUAAAAAGAAACCGGGAAGACGCACUUGUGACGCACUUCCGGUGCGCGAGGCGAAGAUGGCUGCAUCCCAACAGCAGGCUUCAGCGACUUCUGCCGCUAGUGUAUCGGGUCCAGGUUCAGCUGGUGGGUCGGGUUCCCAGCAGCAGCCACAACCACCAGCACAACUUGUGGGACCUGCCCAGAGCGGGCUUUUGCAGCAACAGCAACAGGACUUCGAUCCUGUGCAGCGUUAUAAGAUGCUCAUCCCGCAGCUGAAGGAGAGUCUACAGACCUUGAUGAAGGUUGCAGCCCAGAACCUGAUUCAGAACACUAACAUUGACAAUGGACAAAAGAGCAGCGAUGGACCCAUUCAGCGCUUUGACAAGUGUCUGGAAGAGUUCUAUGCACUUUGUGACCAGCUAGAGCUCUGCCUGCGCCUGGCACAUGAGUGUCUGUCACAGAGCUGCGACAGUGCCAAGCACUCUCCAACACUGGUGCCCACAGCCACCAAGCCUGAUGCCGUCCAGCCUGACAGCCUGCCCUACCCGCAGUACCUGGCGGUCAUCAAAGCCCAGAUUGCCUGUGCCAAGGACAUUCACACUGCCCUGCUGGACUGUGCCAACAAGGUCACAGGCAAGACCCCUGCACCACCUACGGGCCCUGGAGGCACCCUGUGAGCCCGCAGGGCUGGGAGUGGGGGAAGGGCCAGGGAGGGAAUGAAGAGUAGCUUCAAA